AUGGGAGGUCACUUAUCGCACCUGAAACGUGAGGAACACUCGCACGUUCUCAACGCGACGUGCGGUCCGAUCCGAGGAAAUGCCUACCGUCAUGUGAGUCAAGAAAAGAGACAGAUCAAUAAGAAGUGGCAAUGAGCAGGGCGACAAAAUCGUGGAUGGAUACCUCGGAAUACCGUUUGCGAAGCCACCAGUUGGAGAGUUGCGAUUCAAGAAGCCGGUGGAAGCGGAGAAGUGGACCGAGACGAGGGAUUGCACCGAAUACGGACCGAGAUGCCCCCAGUCCGGACCGUUCUGCGAGAUUAUUCAUUUCCAGAAGAACGAUGUUCCCGAUGAGGCCAAUUGCCUCACAAUGAAUGUGUUUGCACCCAGAUGGGAAUCAGAUGAAUUCGUGAGAACAAACCCAUGUCGCAACAGUACAGUCUAACAUAUUUCAGAAGAGCGGGCGUCCUGUGAUGGUCUAUAUUCACGGCGGAGGCUUCGAACUUUCCGCCUCCAAGGAAUACUGUGACUAUUCCGUUUCAGGGUACACUUCCCGAAGGAGUGGCAGUGAUAAAAAGUUGUUCCGAUUACAGGACACUUCCUCUCAAAGACGUCGUCGUCGUGACUCUCAACUAUCGACUGGGAAUCGUCGGUUUCUUUACAACUGGCGACGAACUCUGCCGAGGAAACUUUGGAAUGUGGGAUCAAACUCUCGCGCUGAAAUGGGUCCAGAAACACAUUGCGUCGUUCGGAGGAGAUCCUAAGAACGUGACCAUUUUCGGGCAGAGCGCCGGCGGUGGAAGCGUCGACAUUCUCGCAUUGAGCCCUCACUCCAGAGGUUAUUCAAUUUGUAGUUUCAAUUCAAGAAGGAAUCCGUAUUUUGUUUCAGAUCUCUUCCACAGAGUUGUUCCCAUGUCUGGCAAUGCAUAUUGUGAAUUCGCGGUGAGAACAGCCGAAAGCCAAGGAAACGUUUGCAGAGAAUAUGCACGUCAUCUGGGAUACACUGGAAAUGAUUCGAAGAGUCUUCUUGAAUGGAUCAAAGCAAAACCGAUUGCGGAAAUGGAGAAAAUGAAUGGAUUUGUAGUGCCUGCUUCAGGGAUUCUGGCAUAUGUUCCCAAUUUGGAUGGUGACUUCCUUCCGAAGCCAUUGGACGAGUUAAGGAAAGAAGCGGCGAAGAAGGACGUGAUGAUUGGAGUUGUCGAGCACGAAGGGCUCUUUUUUGACUUCUUGAGCCGUGACACUACGAAACCAAUAGACGCGUUGAAAAGAGGAAUUGAUUGUUAUUACAAAGAAGACACUGGAAAGAAUUACAAAGAAUUCAGAAAGAAAAUACUGGAAUUUUACACGAAAGGAGUCGAUCAAUCGGAUGAUGUUGCAGUGAAAGCUCUUGUGAUUGAUGCGCGUGAAACAUUUGAUUCCCUACGAAUCAUUGUGAUUUUCAGUUUAUUGGAGAUGCUCUCUUCACCGCCGGAACUCUGGCUACUGCCAAGUCCUAUCUAAAGUACGGAAGCAAUGUCUGGUUCUACGUAUUCGACUACUGCCACCCGGAAGGAUACGGUGAACUUGCUGAUAUCAUGCCGUUCGUGGCGCCGACUCACUGCACAGACCUGCGAUAUAUUCUCGGAGAGGGAUUGUACAAUAACUUUCAGCCAACUGAGGAUGAGUUGAAGAUGGUCGACAAAAUGACGACCAUGUACACGAACUUUGCCAAAUACGGGUCUGAGAAGCGGUUUCUGUACGUUUUUCAUGUUCUAUACAUUUCAGCAAUCCUAAUGAUGUCGGCUCUACGGAUUGGGAGCGGUACACUUUGGAGCGUCCGUUGAGACAUUUUCACAUUGGAUAUCCUGACGGAGAAAUGCGCAACGACUUCCACGCGGACAAGAUGAAAUUUCUCGAGGAAGUUCGAGCUAACAACCAAAAUCUGGAAACAGUAUUGUAUGGACGUUGA